AUGGUAAUGAAUUUGGCAGAUGAGAGUUUCUUGACGAAGGAGUACUUAGACACGGCUAUAGAAUUCAUACCGUCGAUGAAGAAUCUAAAACUAAAGGACGUUCCUAGCUUCGUCCGUACCACUAAUCCUGAUGACAUAAUGUUUAACUUCGUCCUCCACGAGACGGAACGUGCCAAACGCGCUUCUGCCAUCAUUCUCAACACGUUUGAUGACCUCGAGCAUGACAUCAUCCGGUCCAUGCAAUCCAUUUUACCUCCGGUUUAUUCUAUUGGACCAGUUCACCUCUUAGCGAACCGGGAGAUUGAAGAAGGUAGUGAGAUUGGAAAGAUGGGAUCAAAUUUAUGGAAAGAGGACGUGGAAUGUUUAGAUUGGCUCGAUACUCAGACUCAAAACAGCGUCGUUUAUGUUAACUUUGGGAGCAUAGCGGUUAUGAGUGCAAAGCAGCUUGUAGAGUUUGCAUGGGGUUUGGCGGGCAGUGAGAAGAAGUUUUUGUGGGUGAUUCGGCCGGAUUUAGUAGUCGGAGAGGAGGCCAUGGUUCCACCGGAGUUUUUAACAGAGACGGCAGAUCGGAGAAUGCUGGCGAGUUGGUGUCCUCAAGAGAAAGUCCUUUCUCAUCCGGCGAUUGGAGGGUUUUUGACGCAUUGCGGGUGGAACUCGACCCUAGAGAGUCUCUGCGGCGGUGUUCCAAUGAUAUGCUGGCCGUUUUUUGCUGAGCAACAAACAAACUGUAAAUUUUGUUGUGACGAAUGGGAGGUGGGGAUGGAGAUUGGCGGAGAUGUGAGGAGAGAGGAGAUUGAAACGGUGAUUAGAGAGCUGAUGGAUGGAGAUAAGGGAAAGAAAAUGAGAGCGAAGGCGGAGGAGUGGCGGCGCUUGGCAGAGGAAGCAACGGAGCAUAAGCUCGGUUCCUCUGUUGUGAAUCUUGAGACGGUUGUUAACAAGUUCCUUUUGGGAAAGAGGUCAGACGAUUAG